AUGGAGGGCUCGGUGCUGAGCCCCACGUCCAGGGAGCGGCGGCGGGCCUGGCUGCGGCAGAGCCGCCACUGGCACACCCAGGUCCUGGAGGAAGAGGCCGCAGCCGCCCUGCAGGAUGUCCCGGACCCCGAGCCUUCUAACCUGGACGACGUGUUCCACGAAGGGAAUCCAAUCAGUAAGAUUGAAGACUGGCUGCAGGACUGUGGAAAUUCUGAAGAAGGGUUUUUUGAGGACACAGGACAGUCGAUCUACAAUGGGUGCCCCAGCCAUGGGACCAGCUUUGAAGAUGACUUGACCCUCGGAGCAGAGGCCACAUUGUUGGCCGCCAAUGGCAAACUCUUCUCCAGGAACUUCCUGGAGACAGCCCGGCCUUUCCAGCUGCUGGACCUUGGCUGCAGCUUAGCUUCCAGCAGCAUGACUGGUGGGACCAACAAGACGAGCUCAAGCAUCUCAGAGAUUCUGGACAAGGUGCAAGAAGAUGCGGAAGAUGUCCUCUUCAGUCUGGGUUUUGGCCAGGAGGACCACAGGGACACUUCUCGAAUUCCUGCCCGAUUUUUUACCACCCCCUCCCAGGCCAAAGGCAUUGAUUUUCAACUCUUCCUGAAGGCCCAGGUGCAGAGGAUUGAAAUGGAGGACCCUUGUCUCAUGCUGGCCAGCCGAUUUAAACAGGUGCAAACACUGGCUGUCACUGCUGAUGCCUUCUUCUGUCUCUACUCCUAUGUGUCCAAAACACCUGUUCAAAAGUUCUCACCAUCUCACAUGUUCUGGAAUUGCAACCCAACCGAGGUACCAUCCAUCAGAAUUCUGGCCCCAGAACCUGAACCUCACUCACCCAGAGACCGCCUCCGGAAGGCCAUCUCCAAGAUGUGCCUGUAUACGUGCCCCCGAGAGCGGUUAUCACCACCCCACGAUACCUCCAAAAGGAACAGUUUGGACCAAGUGGUGUGGGAAGUGAUGGACAGAGUGAGAGGAGAGAAGCUGGUAAAUCAGAAAGACCCUGGAUUUGGGCCCAGUGCACAGGACAUUCCUAUGGCUCCCAUCAUGGGUACAAAUAUUUCCUCUUCUUACCCAUGUGUCCUCUGUGCGAAAGUGGAAACGCAGCAGGAGACAUCCACAGAGGGAGCACCAUCACAGACUCUGGAUUGUAAUCCUGAGGUCCCCUGUUGCAUGCAUUUUCUGCCCAGGGCAGAUGGACAGUGGAGCAGAGACUCUGCACAGGCAAAGAGAGAACUGUGGGGUUUACAAGUCACCAAUAAGGAAGACCAGUUCAUCAAGGAUGAAACAUUCUGGCAAAGAAGGAGCAGAGCAAGAAAAUGCCUGUUUCAGAAGACUCCCAUGGACAGGAAGAUUGAAUCACUGGACCUGUCUGCCAUCAAGCAGAAAUGGAAGCAAAGCCCAGAGAGACAAGAACUGCCCCAACCUCUGACCCAGCAGCUGCAGGACACUUGUGACUUGGAGGAGCCUUUAACUUUAAGCAACAGCGAGGAGGAGGCAAACCACUGGCCCAGGAGACUCAGACACCCCUACCUGUACCAGAGUUUCUCUGACCAAGAUUCAAGAAGCUUUCUCUCCCACCGCCACAGCGCAGAUUCUGACAGCGGCAGCUUUAGAGAAGAGCGUAAUUCCCACUCCCGUUUGCAGGAAUUUGCACCGAGCCUUACAUCCAGCUCUUGACCCCUGGCUGUACAAACCCCGGGUCCUAGAGGGAGCAAUGAUUUGGUGCCCUAGAAAGAGGACCAGACUGGGAGGCUCGAAUCUCCGUCCUGCAGCUGUUUUAAACUCCAUGGACAGAGAAAUCCUUACUUAGGCUCAGCACUUCAAUGUGCUCUGCCCACAUCUCUACUCAUCCCUAUGUGAGUCCGAUUCUAUUACAAAAAGUCUCUCAAAACACUAGAGACCUGUCUUUCUUCUUGAGACCCUCUUAAAACCAGGGUUGGGGGUGGAGGGAGGAGAUUACAUGUUUUCCUCUGUCCCAAAUCCUGUAUUUUCAUAAUAAAAAAUGACUGGGAUUCAGGAACCCCCCUCAUGACCUGUAAAAACUUCACAGAUUUUUCUGCUGGCAGAAAACAUUACAAAUAAAAA